AUGAACAGCGUGAUAAUCACGUUUUCUUCCCGAUUACAAGAAGCAGAGGACCACGUACGAAGUCUCUGGAACACCGUCUGGAACUCCUGUUCACAAUCUGGUGGUGGCAAUCCGAUCUUCAACCAAUUAAACAAGAUGUCAUCGUUAGCAACCAACACUCCAAGAAGUCCAUCGACUGCUAAACAAAGCCCUCCAAAGAAGCGAGCAGUCUGCAAGAAGGUAUCCUGGUCACGCUACGAUUCGGUGAAUAUCUCUGGCCAUCUGCUGAUGCUCCCACGACGAUUCGCUAAUUUGGAAAUCAUCGAAGCUGGUCCCAGUCGGACCGUAUGUUCUGGCGCCGACUUACUGACGGAAGAAAAUGUGAUUAUCCGAAAGACUUUGCUCAAAGAUCAGGAACAAACUGCCCAAGUCUAUCAUAAUCUGAAAUGGGGACGACUUUUGCCGCAUCCAAAUAUCCUUUCGGUUUUGGACGCGUUCGAAGCUGGUGACAGUCUCUAUACGGUCACGGACAUGAUGGACGGACGUCUAGCCGACAUCGUCGAUGAGAAUUUGAACCACUUUGUGAUUGCCAAAAUCGUCUAUCAACUGCUGUCCGCGCUCGAGCCACUGCAUUCGAAUGGACUUUACCAUGGGAAUAUCACCCUGAAUUCCGUCUUCAUCAAUACAGAUGCAGUACUGAAACUGUCGUCUUACGGAGACGUCACACAAAGUGUUAGCGAAGAAAAAACAAAAGAAGAUAUCAUGUCCGUGGGCUCGAUUCUGGCUCGUCUGCUGCUUGAAGAGGAGUCGUUUUUGAAGCUGUCAAAAAUAAAAAGUCAUAACGAUCUGGAUUGGCGGACGAUUCUUCAAGGCAAUACCGAAUCGGGCCUUAUCGACUUCCAUGCUCGCAACAUGCUCUACCUACUGCUAGGGGCUCGGUGCUCCUUGUCCGAUCUGCUCAGACAUCCAUAUUUGUUCACGUUCCGGAAGAAUGCUGGCAAUGUGCCACAAAUUGAUGCUGAACACCGUGAUCUUUCGUCACUUAGCCUCAGCGAUGUUCAAGGGCUUCUCCGAGAUGAGCUCAAUCGAUACCAAUCACCGAUCUCGAUUCAAGAUGUACAAUAA